AUGCUAUGUGCACGUGUAACGGCUGAUAAAGUAGGUACACCAAUUGAAUGGCCUUAUUCACCGUCGAGGCUUGACAAUCUAGCCAGUUCAUUGGAGACAGGUUUAAACACGAUGGAUGAAAGUAUGGAUCGAUGCAAUGGUUUACCAAGUGGUAAGAAAUCAAGUGUGUCAUUUAUUCCAAUUUUACCAAAUCAACCAUUGAUGAAAACGACAAGGACACCACCAAUGGAUCAUUUAGUUGUACGUUUCUUCUCACUCUUGAAAUCAAAUGUGAUUCUACGUAGUAAUUAUUUACCAAUGGUACCUUUUGAAGGAAAAUAUCGUGGAUUUGGUGGUAUUUUGGAAUAUUUUACAAGAUUAUCGCAAUCAGUUCAAGUGGAACAAUUUAUUGUGGAAAGCAUUCAAAUGGAAGAUAAGGAAGAUGAUGAUGAUGAUGAUGAGAGGAGGAAGAAGAGUGAACGAAUUCAUGGUGACAAAUAUUGUCCUCGACGUCAACGGAAUCGUGUUGUGGUGAUUUCUGGAAGAGAAACAAUGCAAGUGCGAUACAAUCAGACGACUUUUAUGCAACAAUGGACGCAUAAACUACAUUUUAAACCGGGCGACGGUGGUCGAGUAAGUCGGUGGGAGAUUUUUGGUGAUGUUGUGGCGUCCAGUGUGGUGUUUAAAGCACCCGGGUGCACAACAAAUCUUACGUUACCGUCGCUAGCUGAACGUAUUCGGGAAUCGGUUGUUGGUGGAUAUGUUGUAUCGAUCCAUCUUGGCCAAAUCACGGACGUUCGCUCACGAGAACUACAAGGAGAUGAAUUUUUUGUACGCUGCUCUCUUGAUACGAACGAGUUCGAAGGUGUGUGGCAUACAGAAGCUCAGUCACGUGCAGCUGCCCCAUUGGAAUGUUCUACCGACUCGUCCGGCACUGAAUCUGCGGUAUCGUGGUCAUAUAACUAUCAGCAAGAGUUAUUUUUGCAGUUUGAUCGACUAUCGCGCGAUGACAAUACUGUAUUGCUUGUUGAGUGUUGCCGCAAUACAAAUCACGAAGUUGUUGCUCGUACACAUGUGAAUCUUGCCAGCUUCUUGAACGGUGGCAACAUCGGUACUAGCGAAACAAUUUCCAGCCGCCUGAUGGGGCGACGAGGUCGUAGAAAUCCGACCAGCAAUGCCUUUAAGGAUGGCAAAUUACAGAGUUACGUGCUGUCAAACGACCAUCAGAGCUUCUUUGGUAAGUUGCUGCUGGGCAUUACCAUAUCAUCCAUGUCCCAUCGGUCGAUGCCGCAGCGAUCCCCGACGGCGAGCUUUCGGGAGAGUUACAGGGAUAGCUUUUGCUCAGACGACGGAAGAGCCGUUGGUGAUCAGCGCUUUGGUGCUACGCCUCUUUCGUCGUUUGGAAACUCAUCGAUGCGUCCGAGCUUCCGCCCGUUUACAAAACUAACACAACAGUUUUCUCCUGUAGAGGAAGUCAUGCACCAGUUUGUUAUCAACGGAGUGCGAUAUCAGUUGGCAGAAAAGUACCGCAUGGUGAAGAUUGUUGGAAAAGGGACCUACGGUGAGGUGAUUGCUGCGAGCGAUUUUGUGCAUGGCGGCACGUUUGCAAUCAAGAAGCUGGGUCAGUUUUUGCGGCAUCCAAAGGUGGCAUUAUUGGCUUUGCGUGAGAUUAAAUUGAUGAGCGAGAUUGGUGCUCACCCCCUGCCUCAUGGGCUUCCACGAGCUACAGCGACCGCUCGACUAUGA